UUUUCUUUAUACGCAGCAAACUCUACUCUUCCCCUACCGUCUCUCCCUAUUCCAAGGAAAGCAGUUAUCACUCGCAUUGCGUCCAACCAAAGCCUUUGCACUUUCAGACAUGGCGGAUAGCGACGCCGGCCACCGCCGCAGGGAGCCGCUCCUCGAGGCGCCGGAGGAGGACCCCGGAAAGCCCUCCUGGAGACUCAACUUGAACGAGUUUCGUUUGCCCAACCAAGCGAAUGAUCAUCAACACCGAUCCUUCACUAUGCGUGGCCUUCUUCGCAAACCCAGGAAGCAAGGCAAAGUGGCAGAAUAUUACAAGAAACAAGAGAGACUCCUGGAAGGAUUUAGUGAGAUGGAGACGAUGGCUGAAACGGGUGGUUUCCCAGGAACUCUCACUGAGGAUGAAAUGAAGCAACUAGCCAAGAGUGAGAGGAUGGCUGUUCAUGUGUCAAAUAUAUGUAACUUGGUGUUAUUUGUAGCAAAGGUUUAUGCAUCGGUUGCAAGCAGAUCAUUGGCUGUCAUUGCCUCAACCAUGGAUUCUCUCUUGGAUCUCUUGUCAGGAUUCAUAUUGUGGUUUACUGCUAAUGCCAUGAAAAACCCAAACCAAUAUCACUAUCCAAUCGGAAAGAAACGUAUGCAACCAGUGGGUAUCAUUGUUUUUGCAUCAGUGAUGGCAACCUUGGGGUUGCAGAUUUUAAUUGAAUCUGCCCGGGAACUUAUCUCCAAGACUAAGCCUGAUAUGGAUCCAACAAAAAUGCAUUGGAUGAUCGGGAUUAUGGUGUUUGUGACUGUAGUGAAGUUUGUUCUUAUGGUCUACUGUCGAAGAUUUAAAAACGAAAUCGUUAGAGCAUAUGCACAAGAUCACUUUUUUGAUGUCGUUACUAAUUCUGUUGGUUUAGCUGCUGCCGUGUUAGCUGUUAAGUUCUACUGGUGGAUUGAUCCAACAGGAGCUAUUAUUAUAGCACUGUAUACAAUCAAUACAUGGGCCAGGACAGUGAUUGAGAAUGUUUGGUCACUAAUUGGAAGAACAGCACCACCUGAUUUUCUGGCCAAGUUAACUUACCUCAUAUGGAAUCACCAUGAGCAGAUAAAGCACAUAGACACUGUUAGAGCAUACACCUUUGGUGCACAUUACUUUGUGGAAGUUGACAUUGUGUUGCCAGAAGACAUGCUUCUCCACCAAGCACACAACAUUGGUGAGACACUCCAAGAGAAGCUGGAGCAACUUCCAGAAGUUGAAAGGGCUUUUGUGCACAUAGAUUUUGAGUUCACACACAGGCCAGAGCACAAGACCAUGGUAUGAUGUGAUAUGAUUUUGACCAUGGCAUAGCUUAGCUAGCUUUGCUAUUUCUUAGUAUUUUAUUUAAGCCAAAUAAUUACAGUUUUUCUUUCUCAUGUUUAUACUUGUUGAUUCCUAUGAAUGUUACCUCCUAAUUUCAAUGUCUAUAAUUCAUCAUUUAGAUGGCUCAAUAAAUGGAAAUGAUUUUCUU